AUGAUGCCUGCUAAGCUGGGGUUUCUCCUCAGGUUCUUCACCUUCUGCUUGUCCACUGCACCGGUACUGAGUGGUGUUGCCAGGCUCAGUGAAUCUAUGUGCAGAGACCUUAAAGAUCCUUGUGGUCUGGAACAAGAUCCCGGCAGCUGCUAUGAAAUACAUUUUAGAUUUUUCUACAACCGAAGUUCCAAACUAUGUGAGAGUUUUAUCUACUCUGGCUGCAAUGGUAACCUUAAUAACUUCCAGCUUAAAAUAGAAUGUGACAUACAAUGUAAUGAAAAUUACCGAACAGUGCGGCUUGCUGGUAACAAACGUGACACCAAAAAAGCCAACCAUGAAACCAUUGAGAGCGCGAAGAAGACACCACAAGCAGCACUCCAGGCCCAACAAGCACCUCCAUGCCAGCCAUGGCACCUAGAUAGCUGCAAAGAAAAACUGAACCUGAGCCUGAACCUGAACCUGAGCUUGAGAAUAGGUGCAUUCGUGGAUGUUCUUGGAUGCACCAUAUGA